GAAUCUAGAAGUAGAAGUCUAGCUUUAGCCCCUUUAGAGAUAUUUAUAUAUCAUUAUAUAUAUUCUGUGAGCUGUAGACCUAAGAACAGAGGCUGCAAUAAUUAUCAUAUUAGUUUAUUACUUUAUUAGUCUGUGGGCUGGAAAUUUGCGAGCACAGUUUGCGAUACGAACGAAACGAACCAAUUUGUUUGUAUAAAAAAUAACACUAUUCACUACGUUUACUUUCCCCUACACAAAAUAGGAUAAAUAAUAAAUAAAUAGGAUAAAAAUCAAAUAACAAUAGUUUACAUCAAUACUUAACGGUGUGAUCUGGUGACAUGAUAGAAAUAACAUCAUUUUAAAUACUAAACUAAAAAUUAUACCACGUUACGUGACGCUGCUAAAAUAGUGUAUUGCUGAUGUGAUAUUACUGAAAUGUCAUCGUAUAUGGCAGGUGUUUUCGAUUUAGAUUUAGAUGUUGAUACUGUUACUGUUGGAGAUUCAGACGAAGACGAUAUAAUCGAAGUUGAUGAGGUUGAUUACGAUCCUGAACUCAACGUCAACAAUAUUGCAGAGUCAGAAUGCUCAGAAACUAUACAAUUGUCUGAAGAUAAUGUAAAUCCAGGGCAAUGUAAGCGCUUAGGCCCUCAAGAUUUUGAGCUACGCAAAGUAUUAGGUAAAGGGGGUUAUGGCAAAGUAUUUCAAGUCCGUAAAAUUACUGGCCCAGAUGCAGGCGCUCAUUUUGCUAUGAAAGUUCUUAAAAAAGCAUCUAUUGUUCGCAACCAGAAGGAUACUGCACAUACUAAAGCUGAGAGAAAUAUUUUGGAAGCUGUUAAGCAUCCAUUCAUAGUUGAAUUAGUAUAUGCUUUUCAAACUGGAGGCAAAUUAUAUUUAAUUUUAGAAUAUUUAAGUGGUGGAGAACUUUUUAUGCAUUUGGAGAGAGAAGGUAUUUUUCUUGAAGAUACUGCUUGCUUUUAUUUGUCAGAAAUAAUUCUGGCAUUGGAACAUUUACAUAGUUUAGGUAUAAUUUAUCGAGACCUCAAACCAGAAAAUGUUUUAUUGGAUGCUCAGGGUCAUGUUAAACUAACAGAUUUUGGAUUAUGUAAAGAACAUAUUCAAGAGGGCAUUGUUACACAUACAUUUUGUGGUACAAUUGAAUAUAUGGCUCCAGAAAUUUUAACAAGGAGUGGACAUGGGAAAGCAGUAGAUUGGUGGAGUUUAGGCGCCUUAAUGUAUGAUAUGUUGAUUGGUCAGCCACCGUUUACGGGUGAUAAUCGCACUAAAACAAUAGAGAAAAUAUUGAAAGGGAAACUUAUGUUACCUGCUUACCUCACACAAGAUGCACGCGAUUUGAUAAGACGUCUUAUGAAGCGUUCUGAGACCCAACGCUUAGGUGCUACGGGUGCCGCAGCGGUCCGCGGACACGCUUUCUUCAAACACGUACAUUGGGACGACGUAUUUAAUAGAAGAUUGGAACCUCCGAUGAAACCAAUACUAUCAAGUGAAGAUGAUGUUUCACAAUUUGAUACGAGAUUUACUUUACAAACACCUAUAGAUUCACCUGAUGAAUCAACUCUUAGCGAAAGUGCCAAUCUUAUGUUCCAGGGGUUCACUUACGUGGCACCUUCAGUAAUGGACGAGGUCCACAAGCCACGAGUGAUCACGGCGCGUUCCCCGAGGAGGCCACGGCCGCAACAUCACAGCGCUUUCGCCGUGCCGCCUUCAUCCACCACGCAAGCGCUGCAAGAGGACCUCAUGGAUGUACAAGGUCUACCUAUAUAAGGCCUAGAAUAAUUCACAUAGUUGACAAUUUUAUACAAAAGAUGAAUGCAACAACAAACGCUGCCCAUCUAAUAAUAAUGUCCGUAAAGUAAUUGUACUAUUUUAUACUACUAUUAUUAUUAAUGUACAUUUUAUACAAGUUACCGUUUAGUUUAAUGUUUUAGUAGGGUUUAACCACAUGAUGUAAUAAAAUGUUGUAACUCCGAUUAUACGACAGAGUAAUAAUAAUUUAAAAAAUAUACAUACCUUGUUACCACGCUUCAUGAAUUGAAUUAAAGGUCAUUUUUAUUUUAUA